GGCAGGGCCGGGCGCCCCGCCCUUUGGGCUGUUCCCUUUCCUCCCAAACUGGUUGUGCAGGAGCAGGACGAGUGUGGUGCGGGGAGUCGGGGUGCAUGCGCGCAGCCCCGGCCCCCUCACCGCCUCACCUGCAGGGAGGACCCGCCCAGAAACUGCCCGCCUGGUGCCUGGCUGCCCCACCUCGCCAGAGCCCAGCUGAGCAGCCAGCGAGGACACACGCCCGCUGCCCGCUGCCUGCCCACCCUCGCCGGCCGAGCCCAGCCCAAGCCCACACCUGCCUUCAGGACCAUGUUCAAGGGGCUGAGCAAAAGCUCCCAGGGGAAGGGGUCCCCCAAGGGCUCCCCAGCCAAAGGCUCCCCCAAGGGGUCCCCCAACAAGCACAGCAGAGCUGCCACUCAGGAGCUGGCCCUGCUGAUCUCCCGCAUGCAGGCCAAUGCCGACCAGGUGGAGAGGGACAUUCUAGAGACCCAGAAGAAGCUGCAGCAGGACCGACAGCACAGUGAGCAGCGCCAGGCCCUGCAGCACCGGCAGGAGGUGGGCCGCAGCCUGAAGGAGGCCGAGGUGCUGCUGAAGGACCUCUUCCUGGAUGUGGACAAGGCCCAGCGGCUCAAGCACCCGCAGGCCGAGGAGAUCGAGAAGGACAUCAAGCAGCUGCACGCCCGGGUGACCCAGGAGUGCGCCGAGUACCGCGCCCUGUAUGAGAAGAUGGUGUUGCCGCCCGACGUGGGGCCCAGGGUCGACUGGGCGAGGGUGCUGGAGCAGAAACAGAAGCAGGUCUGCGAGGGCCAGUACGGACCGGGCAUGGCGGAAUUGGAACAGCAGGUUGCUGAGCACAACAUCCUGCAGAAGGAGAUCGAGGCCUACGGGCAGCAGCUGCGGACCCUCGUAGGGCCGGACGCGGCCUCCAUCCGGAGCCAGUACCGGGACCUCCUGAAGGCGGCCUCGUGGCGAGGGCAGAGCCUGGGCAGCCUGUACACGCACCUGCAGGGCUGCACACGCCAGCUGAACGCCCUGGCCCAGCAGCAGCAGCGCAUCCUCCAGCAAGACUGGAGCGACCAGCUGGCCGACCCUGCGGGCGUGCGGAGGGAGUACGAGCACUUCAAGCAGCACGAGCUGCUGAGCCAGGAGCAGAGCGUGAACCAGCUGGAGGACGAUGGGGAGCGCAUGGUGGAGCUCGGGCAUCCGGCCGUGGGGCCCAUCCAGGCCCACCAGGAGGCCCUGAAGUUGGAGUGGCAGAACUUCCUGAACCUUUGCAUCUGCCAGGAGAGCCAGCUGCAGCACGUGGAGGACUACCGCCGGUUCCAGGAGGAGGCCGACUCCGUCAGCCAGACCCUGGCAAAGCUCAGCUCCAGCCUGGACAGCUGGUACAGCCCUGCCCCGGGGGGCCCGCCUGGCGCCCUAACAGAGAUGCUGCGGCAGCUGGAGGCAGAGGAGAAGCAGCUGACCAUGGCUGAGAAGACUGUCAAGGACCUGCAGCUGCAGAGCCAGGGGGUGGCCCCUCUGCCCCAGCGAAGGAACCUGCCCCCACAGCCCCUGCGCGUGGAUAGCAUCUGUGACUGGGACUCAGGAGAAGUGCAGCUGCUGCGGGGUGAGCAGUAUACACUGGUGGACAACACUGACCCGCACACCUGGGUGGUCCAGGGCCAGGCAGGCGAGACCAAGCGGGCCCCAGCCGCCUGCCUCUGCAUCCCAGCUCCGGACCCUGAAGCCGUGGCCAGGGCCUCCGGGCUCGCCUCGGAGCUGCAGGCCCUGAAGCAGAAACUGACCACAGUCCAGAGCCGCCUGAAGGCCAGCGCCAAGGAGCCCUUACAGCCCAGCCAGCAGGCUCCAACCAGCUCGGGCCCAGCCGACCCGCAGGCCCAGAAGCUCCUGACACAGAUGACCCGGCUGGAGGAGGACCUGGGGCAGAUAGAGAAGCAGGUGCUGGCCUGGGCCCGGGCCCCGCUGAGCCGCACCUCACCACUCGAGGACCUCGAGGGCCGCAUCCAGAACCACCAGGGCACAGCCCAGCGGCUGCAGAGCCUGGGAGCAGAGAAGGAGGCGGCCCAGCAGAAGUGUGAGGCGUUUCUGUCGGGGCAGCCCUCAGGGCCUGCUGCCCUGCACCUGCCCGUGGUCCUCAACAACGUCAAGAACAAGUACAGGGACGUGAAGGUUCUCUGCGGCCUCUACGGGGAGAAAGCCAAGGCCGCCCUAGGUCUGGAGCGGCAGAUCCGGGAUGCAGACACGGUCAUCCGAGGCUUUGAGUCCACCCUGGCACAGGAGGCCCCCAUCCCCGCGGGCCCGGGCGCGCUGCAGGAGAGGGUCAGCGAGCUGAAGCGCCGGCGGAGGGAGCUGCUGGAGCAGCAGGCCUCUGUGCUCGGGCUGCACCGCCAGCUGAAGGCCGUCGAGCACUCGUGUGGCGCGCUGCAGAACAAUUUCCACGAGUUCUGCAAAGACCUCCCACAUCAGCAGCGCCAGGUGCGGGCCCUCACCGACCGCUACCACGCUGUGGGGGACCAGUUGGACCUGCGGGAGAAGAUGGUGCAGGAUGCCGGCCUCACUUACCAGCAGUUCAAGAACUGCACAGACAACCUGAAUGCCUGGCUGGAGCGCCUGCCCCACAAUCAGGUGCGGCCCAGCGACGGGCCCAGCCAGAUCGCCUACAAGCUGCAGGCACAGAAGAGAUUGCUGCAGGAGAUCCAGGGCCGCGAGCCGGACAGGGCCAUGGCAUCCCGCCUCUCCCAGCACCUGCAGGCGGCGCUCCAGGACUACGAGCUGCAGGCAGACACCUACCGCGGUUCCCUGGAGCCCACCCAGGGAGGGUCGGCCCCCAAGAGACCCCGAGUGGCUCCCCUGCAGGACAGCAUCCAGGCCCAGGAGAAGAACCUGACGAAGGCCUACACUGAGGUGGCAGCUGCCCACCAGCAGCAACUGCACCAGCUGGAAUUUGCCAAAAAGAUUCUGGAGAAGAAAGAGCUCAAUGAGGACAUCCAGGUGAUCCCUAAUGCCCAGCAGGGGUCCGAGAGCCCAGCCCGAGUGGGCAGGGAGUCAGAGGCCCUGAGGUCCCAGCUGGAGGAAGAGAGGAAGCGGGUGGCCCAGGUGCAGCGUGAGCUGGAGGAGCAGAGGAGCCAGCUGCUGCAGCUGAAGACCCAGCGGCCUGUGGAGAAACUGGAGGAGAAGGAAGUGGUGGAGUUCUACCGGGAUCCCCAGCUGGAGAGCAACCUGUCCAGGGUGAAGUCCCAGGUGGAGGAUGAGGGCAAGAAGCGGGCUGGCCUGCAGGCAGACCUGGAGGCGGUGGCCCAGAAGAUCAUGCAGCUGGAGAGCCAGAGGAAGGCCACGGAGCCUCACCUGCUGACCAAAGAGGUCACCCAGAUCGAGAGGGACCCCGGCCUGGACAGCCAGGCGGCCCAGCUCCGCGGUGAACUCCAGCUCCUGCAAGAGGAGAACACGGCCGUCUCGGCCCGGCUGGAGGCGCUGAAGGCGGAACUGCUGGCCCUUGAGCAGAAGGAGGUGAACGUGAAGGAGACAGUUGUCGUAAAAGAAGUGGUCAAGGUGGAGAAAGACCUGGAGAUGCUCCAGGCAGCCCAGGCCCUGAGGCUGCAGAUUCAGGAGGAUGCGGCCCAGCGGAAGGGGGCAGAGGAUGCCGUGGCCAAGCUGCAGGCUCGAGUUGUGGAGCUGGAGGCGGCAAUCCGCGCCGUGGAGCCCAAGGUGAUCGUGAAGGAGGUGAAGAAGGUGGAACAGGACCCCGGCCUCCUCCAGGAGGCAUCCAGGCUGAGGAGCCUCCUGGAGGCACAGAGGAAUGAGAACGAGGUGCUGGCCAGGGAGCUGAAGGAGCUGUAUAGCAAGCACAGCGCGGUGGAGAAGCAGAAGCCCCGGGUGGACCUGCAGGAGCGCGUGCAGGAGACCUUCCAGGUGGACCCGGAGACGGAGCGGGAGAUUGCACGGCUCCGGGCGGAGCUGCAGGAGACCGCCCGCAAGAGGAGCGGGGUGGAGCAGGAGGUGGAGGGGCUGCUGCCCGAGCUGGCGGUGCUGCGGGCGCAGAAGCCCACCGUGGAGUACAAGCAGGUGACGCAGGAGCUGGUGCGGCACGAGAGGAGCCCCGAGGUGCUGCGGGAGAUCGACCGCCUGAAGGCCCAGCUCAACGAGCUGGUCAACGGCAGCGGGCGGGCCCAGGAGCAGCUCAUCCGGCUGCAGGGGGAGCGCGAUGAGUGGAGGCGAGAGCGCUCCAAGGUGGAGACCAAGACUGUGAACAAGGAGGUGGUGCGCCGUGAGAAGGACCCCGUCCUGGAGCAGGAAGCCCAGCGGCUGCGCCAGGAGGUGCAGGAGGCCACCCAGAAGCGGCGGGCGGCUGAGGACGCGGUCCAUGAGCUGCAGAACAAGUACCUGCUGCUGGAGAGGCGACGGCCCGAGGAGAGGGUGGUGGUGCAGGAGGUGGUGGUCACCCAGAAGGACCCGAAGCUCCGCCAGGAGCACAGCCGGCUGAGCCGGAGCCUGGAUGAGGAGGCUGGCCGGCGGCGGCAGCUGGAGCGGGAGGUGCAGCAGUUGCGGGCCACCGUGCAGGAGGACGAGGGCCGGCUCAGCUUCCAGGAGGACCGCAGCAAGAAGCUGGCCGUGGAGAGGGAGCUGCGGCAGCUGACCCUGAGGCUCCAGGAGCUGGAGAAGCGGCCUCCGGCGGUGCAGGAGAAAAUCAUCAUGGAGGAGGUAGUCCAGCUGGAGAAGGACCCGGACCUGGAGAAGUCCACGGCAGCCCUCCGGCAAGACCUGGCCCAGGAGAAGACCCAGGCGACCGAGGUGCAUCGGGAGUGCAAGAACCUGCAGGUGCAGAUCGAUGUGCUCCAGAAGACCAAGGCGCAGGAGAAGACCAUCUACAAGGAAGUGAUCAGGGUGGAGAAGGACCCGGUGCUGGAGGGAGAGCGUGCCCGGGUAUGGGAGGCGCUCAACCGGGAGCGCGGGGCCCGGGAGAGCCGGGAGGAGGAGGUGAGGCGCCUGCGGGAGCGGGUGGAGAGGGCCGAGGCGCUGGGGAGGACCUGGGCGCGGGAGGAGGCCGAGCUCCAGAAGACCCGGGACCGGGCGAGCCAGGAGUGCAGGCGGCUGCAGCAGGAGCUGCGGGAACUGGAGAGGCAGAAGCAGCAGAGGGUGCUGCGCCUGCAGGAGGAGUCCAAGCUGCUCAGCCAGAAGACGGAGAGCGAGCGGCAGAGGGCAGCCCAGCGGGGCCAGGAGCUCUCGCAGCUCGAGUCGGCCAUCCUCCGUGAGAAGGACCAGAUCUACGAGAAGGAGCGGACCCUCCGGGAACUCCACACCCAAGUGAGCCGGGAGGAGCUCAACCAGGAGACCCAGACGCGGGAGACCAACCUCUCCACCAAGAUCUCUAUCCUGGAGCCCGAGACGGGGAAGGACAUGUCCCCGUACGAGGCCUACAAGAGGGGCGUCAUCGACCGAAGCCAGUACCUCCAGCUGCAGGAUCUCGAGUGUGACUGGGAGGAGGUCACCACCUCGGGCCCCCAUGGGGAGGAGUCUGUGCUCCUGGACCGCAAGAGCGGGAAGCAGUACUCCAUUGAGGCCGCCCUGCGCAGCCGGCGCAUCUCCAAGGAGGAGUACCAUCUCUACAAGGACGGCCAGCUCCCCAUCAGCGAAUUCGCCCUGCUUGUGGCCGGGGAGACCAAGCCCUGCCCCUCCCUCUCCAUUGGCGCCAUCAUCUCCAAGUCCCCGCUUGCAUCUCCGGCCCCCCAGAGCACCAAUCUCUUCUCUCCUGGCUUCUCUCUCGGGCUCGGCGAGGACAGCUUCCCCAUUGCCGGCAUCUACGACACGACCACGGACAACAAGUGCACCAUCAAGACCACCGUGGCCAAGAACAUGCUGGACCCCAUCACCGGGCAGAAGCUGUUGGAGGCGCAGGCGGCCACGGGAGGCAUCGUGGACCUCCUGAGCCGGGAGCGCUACUCCGUGCACAAGGCGAUGGAGCGGGGGCUGAUCGAGAGCGGCUCAACUCAGAGGCUGCUCAACGCCCAGAAGGCCUUCACCGGCAUUGAGGACCCCGUGACCAAGAAGAGGCUGUCGGUGGGCGAGGCCGUCCAGAAGGGCUGGAUGCCCCAGGAAAGCGUGCUCCCGCACCUGCGGGUGCAACACCUGACCGGGGGGCUCAUCGACCCCAAGAGGACCGGCCGCAUCCCUGUGGCGCAGGCCGUGCUCUCCGGCAUGAUCAGCGAGGAGCUGGCCCAGCUCCUGCAGGACGAGGCCAGUUACGAGAAGGACUUGACAGAUCCCAUCUCCAAGGAGCGACUGAGCUACAAGGAGGCCAUGGGGCGCUGCCGGAAGGACCCCCUGAGCGGCCUGUUGCUCCUCCCAGCCUCGCUAGAGGGGUACCGGUGCUACCGCUCAGGCUCCCCCACUGUCCCGCGCUCCCUGCGUUGAUGGGGGCCGAGCAGUCACAGGGAGUGAUUGGGGAUGGGGAGGGGAGGAUGCACGCACCCCGGGCCCCUGGAGCAGCUUAACCCAGGGGAGUGGGUCUUCCCUCUGACUCCUCGAUGUUCUGUUUCUCACGCGUUCUCGGUGUUGGACUCCCUCCCAUGACUUUGGUAGCCCCCGACCCAUCCCCUGCGCCAGCAGCUCUGCUUCCCCGGCUCCUCCCUCACCCUGUGCUUCCAAUAAACGAAUUCUCCUGG